CGAAAUGUUGAUAAAUAAAUUGUCUAUAAAAAUUUAUAACAAUAGUUACGCAAGAGGGGAGGCGCAGCCUACGAAGCUUCUAGCAGCGGGACAGGCGAGCCGAGAGUCAGCCUCUGGAACCCGCGGGAUCUCCCGGGCAGCCGGUCGACGUUCCCUCGCAUAAAAAUCGCGAAUCGCAAUCCACAUUACUGUAAAUUCAACGGAAUAACCUAGAAAACAAUACGUGAAUAGUGUUUGUGCAUUAAAAUGCGUUUCCCGCGUAAUUCUACGAAUGUCAAUUUUAAAUUUGGAAUAUAACCUCACCUUGUGAGAUGGCCAGUGUAUGAAUGAAGUCGUUAAGCCGAUACGUGAUAUUCGAACUAUUUCCUGUUCCUAUACAAAAGUAAUAGGUUUUUGGUGACCUUUUUUUUUUUGUAAUAAGAAAAAGUGAACAGUGAUGAAAAUAUGUUAUCAAAGGUGAAAAGCGGCCUGGUGACAGACUGACGUCCGAUGGAUCCCCCCUAGCGGAAUGGAGUGAAACUUACAAAAAAUGGAAACUUGAAUAGCCGAGAAAAUGACUAACGUUAAAUUAAAAUUGAUGUUCUUCCUUCUAAACUCCCUCUUGACCGCUGACAUUAUUCACGCUAGACCGUAUUCCGACAGAAAUUCUACAGAUAUUAUAAUUAAAUUUAGUAAUAAUAAUAACACAUUCAAUAUACCUGUAGACUCUAAUUCCGAUACGCUAAUCGUUGCGAACGAUGAUGAAACACCAGAGGAAACAAACAAAAGUUCCAACAAUCAAAUGGAGGCUAUAGUUAACGCUGAACAAGAUAGAGACGAAGCUAUGUCAGAGAAGGUGAUGAAAGAUCAAAUAAGCAUCGCAGAUGCAGAAAAGAAGGACGCUGGCGGCGUAGAGAAACAAUUAAACAUAUCAGGUUCUACGUUAGAACAAAUUAUGAAUUCUGAAACUGAUAGGGAUGAAACCUUAACUGAUAUUUUGUUUAGAUCAGAAUCAGAAUUCGCUGAUGAUAUGCCCAAGUUUGAGUUUCUAAUCGCUACAAGGAUCAAUGAGAGCGAUACAAACAGGACUGUUAAAGAUUCAGGUUUUAGUGAUAAUAGUUUAGACAGGGUAAGGAACAGUAGUGAUGUGUUAAAAAAAGUGGAUUACGUGGAGCUAGUGGAAGUAUUGAAGCCUAAAAUAAGCGAGAACAAGAGCGCUUAUUCAAUGAACAUAACGGGUCACGAAGUGGACAAUGACCUAGCGCCAGAUACAAUUUUAUCCGUGUUCUCAGGUUUCACUGACGUGCAGACCUUGUUCCUGGCAUGCUUCGGGACGCUGCUGCCCUUGCUCGCUGUCCUCUUCGCUACGCUUCUCAUCAGGUGCAUGUGCCGGCGCUGGUGUCCUGGCUGCUGCAAGAAGUCCACCAGCUCCUCAGUCUCGGAGAGCAGCGAGAAACAAGAGGCCAAUCAGCAGCUGAAGUCACCGACGGAGGAGAGCGCUGGCGAUGCCAUAGAGAACGGCGAGGCACCUCCAGCCAACGGCUCCAUCUUCACCAUGACCCUCAAAAACAACCAUCUGAUUGUGGAAACUGAAGAAAGAAAUGAUAUCACUAAAAAUGGCCGCGAAACGAAAAUGAAGUACUCCCCAGACAACGACGGGAUAUUUGUUGUCGAAGUACAACAGUCGACUGCUUACAGGCCCAAUAAUAAUAAAUCUCUCCAAAAUUCACCACCUCACGAUCCUCAAAUAUCAACAAACCAGGCUCUGAUCCAUCGUGUUCCUGAGGAGUUAGACAAAAAGAUUGAUGAAGAAAGAAGUAGCGGGAAAUUUGAGAGAGAAAGGACACUAGCUUUAUCUAGUACUGGAUUAUCGAUAUCAGAUUUAAGUAUGUCUUCUAUCGGGUCUCACAACGUCAGCUACUCUUAUGGAAGCCAGGUGGGGUAUGAACAAGGACCAUUUGGAUAUCCACUCUAUGCUGGCUACGAUAUAUCUAAAGACGAAGUGGAGGGUAUAGUUUAUGAUAACUCACAGGAACCUUUAAUAUCAAAAACACCGACUGAUCCUGAUAAACCUGUUGUGACAGCUGCUAUUUUCAAACAAGAUUCAAUUAUUGGUAACGACGCUUUGCAAGGGCCCGGUUAUUGUAUCGAAGGUUCUAGUGACGGUCCCUUACUAUCCGAUGUUCAAGCUCGAGAGUACAGUCUCCAACACUUAUAUGACCAAAGAGAAAAAAAGAUAGAAAACGGUGUAGCUGUACCGAUAUCUGAUAAAAAUGAUUCUCCGAAAAAAGCUGUAAGUAGAGCUGAUAGUUUGCCGGUUCGGUUAGAAGAAGAUAAAGUUCCAGAUAAUGUCAUUGUGAUUGAUCAAAAUUCUGUAAUGGAAACAAUUAAAGAAGAUGACGUACCUAAAGAAGCGUUUAAAGGGAAAAGAGCGUCAUUGCCAAUCAUAAGGACUGAUAUGUACGAAUCGGUCAAAGAUGCUAUAUUGCCAUCUGGAUCACCGAAGUUUGAGAAGCUGAUGAAUGAUGCUUCUCCGAGUGAUAAUAUCUUUGAACCACCGCCGAUGAUCACUAUAACAGAGGAGAACGAGUCUGGCAAGUCUGAGGUGGCUAGUUAAUUUCCAGGAGGUCCACUUUUACUGCAUGUAUAUAGAUGUAAGCCAAAAUGUGAUUAGAAAGUUUGGGAGAUAUUCGAAUUUUUGGUGAGAUAUUGAUUCGGCACCAGCAUUCUUGUUAAAUUCAAUUGUAUUUUCCAAAGAAUUUUGAUGACACUAUUUGCAUAUUAUUUUUAUAUUUUGAUUAUUUAUAGAACCUAAAAGAUUUAGAAUUAAUUGUAAAUGCCGAAAUUUUUCAACUUUGUAGAAUAACUCUUCUUUAUAGAUAACUAGAAAGCAUGGCAGACUACCGUUAUCCAUAGUUUAUGUGAAACCCUUAUGAGGUUAAUCUUCCAUAGAUACAGUAGAUAGAGUUUUUGAAUUCACUACACCUAUAUUCUCUGACAUUCGAGACACUUUCAUUGAAGCUAGAUUAAGUGUACUUUGUGAUAAUUAUGUGACUUAUUGGCCACAUUAGGUCCUGUUCUUAUCGGAUAUAGUUCUCUUACGGAUUUGUUUAUUUCAUUUCAUAAAAUUAUAUAAUACAAUUGUUAGAUAUUAAUAUAUUACUCAUCUGUUCGGAGCUGGUGCCGUCAUAGAGCGUACACUAUUAGUUGUAAUUUUGUAAAAUUUAUCAGAUUAUUGUAGUUCCAGUGAUAAUCUAAGCUUCUGUGUCGGCCUGUGUUACGUUAUAUAUGAAAAUACUUUUGUGUUGGAGUUAAUUGUUGCUGUUUCUAUGUAGUUACCGUUGGACCGUCUGUGUGUUGCUCAGUAGCUGUCUAACUUUAUCUAAAUGUACGUAUAGAUUUAGCGUGACAUUCAUUCUGACAUAUGGUCGUUAUAUUUGAAACAUUACCCGUAUUUAUAGUAUUUUCUGUGCAUUUUAUAUUACGUUUAAGUUCAGUAUAAGUUACUAUUGUAAAAUAUUUUUAUAAAUUAAGGGUGUAAAUUACAUUUUAUAAUUUCUGUAGAGUAUUAUGUUUUGUAUGUAUGUAUGUAUGUAUAUAUAAUUAUUGGGUUACUAAGUAUAUGCGUACAAACUAACAGUACGAUAAUGUCGUUGUGCCACAAAUUAGGUUUUAAUAUGUAUAGAAUUGUACGUAUGUAUAUCUGAUAACGAAUGAUUGUUGGCAGUUAUAUGUAGUGUGCAUUGUUAAUGAUAGUUUUCAUCAUCAGUAUACUUGUGAUGAUCUAAUAAUAUCAUCAUUUAAAAUUUCCAAGGGGAGUUACUACUUUAUCAUAUAUUACUUUAUUAUGCUAUUAGCGAUAAGGUCACGCAUUUGUUUUCUCACUAUGAUUAUUUCUUGUAAUUUGUUUGUAUCUAUAAUGAGUUUGCUAUUGUAAUCUUUUGGAGGAAACAAUAAAGAAUAUCUAUCUAUCUACUUAGUUGAUAAUUCCAAUACUCUACUGAGUAUUGGAAAUAUCAAAUGUGAGAAACUGCUAUAUGUCCUGUUUGCUACGGCCUUACUAUAUAAAAUAUUUAAACCUACAGUUUAACCGUUUAUUAAACAAAUUUAAACUACUAUUUAUCUAAACAGAUUUUAACAAAACUGAUCUGUCUAAGUGAUCAAAUAUUGUUUAGUCAAUGUCCAAAAUUUAUAGAUUAUUAUAAUCAACUUUAUUACUUUUUGACCCGUUUUUGAGGCUCGAUGCUCUCUCUGUCUGUAUAAUUUAAACAGUGUAUAUUGUGUCGUCCAUGAUACUCUUCAUGCGUUGCUCUUCCUUAGUAUUAAAGCCUCUGCAUCAUCCAUGAAAACUCAACUGCUUCAAGGUUGAAACACGAACGGGACAGAGGUACCCAAGGAGACGACUUUUAUACAAAGUCCCCUUUGGUAAAAAUAAGUUUAUUUAUUCAUUUAUUUUACACUUUAUUGCACUAUUUAUAAAAUAGUAAAUACAUUUAAGUUCAUACAUACUAUAUUUAACUGCCAUACUUAAUGAAUUAUUCACACCAAUUUUGCUUGUAGUGUAAGUUAGUUUUCGUGAAAUAUAUUAUAAACUUUAUUUGUUAAACUUCUAAUGAGGAGUUCCCAUGUGUUUCAUAUUUUUUUUUAUACAACUUAGAAUGGCAAACAAGCUGGCGGCCUACUUGAAGGAUAGUGGUAACCGUCGCCUAUAGACAUGAGCAGUACCAUGGACAUAAC